AGAUUUGAGGAGGCAGUUUGUCAGGUUUCCAGCGCAGCGUUGAGAUCUCCAGUUUCCUGUCGGGAGUUGAACUCACCAAUCCACCAUGUUCAUGUUUCUUGUUGUGUCUUGCCUUCUGCCCUGCAGCCUCAUGGCUUUACCAUCACCUACUGCGUUAAGAAUGGUGCGUGAGGCCCAGGUGCCUCUGGUAUUUGGUGCCCCUCCUCUAGGGUUUGGUGCCCCUGUACGAUACAAUGCCCCCAACUGUACCGUAGUUAACGAUACUAUCACCAGACAAGAAUGCAUACCAAGAGCGGAGAAUGUAUGUGAGGAUGUGGAUAUGCCGACCCAGAAUAUUGAAUACGAGGACAAAUGUACAAAUAUCACAACUACGCUCUGUACUCCAGUAAUCCGAACUCUGGUUCUACCGGAGCAGGACGGAUCCGGAGAUGAAUCAGAGGAAAGCUCCGGAGUAGUGGUUGAGGGAGAAGGAUCUGGAGUUGAUGAAUCUGAGAUUGUAAUUGAGGUUUCCCAAGAAGAGGAGGCGGCCUUGAAAGUUCGAAGAUCUGCUCAAUUCUUCGCCGAUCCGUUCCUUGGCGGACCCGUCGGACCUGGACCCAUGGACGCUCCGUUUGUCCCCCUAGGAGUCCCUGGACCCUAUCUUGGUCCUGUGGUGGAUGAGAAGUGUGAGGACCAGGUGGAGGAGCACUGCUUCAAGAACCCUGUUGUCAAGGAGUCUGUUGUCAGAGUCAAGGACUGCAAGAUCAUAACCAGCCUUGAUUGUCAGGAUAUAGAAGAAGUUCUUCCAAGACUUGAAUGCGAACCUGCAGAAUAAACAAGCAAAUCCAUUAUUACGUGAAAAAGUCAAAUCAAAUGAAAAUGACCAAAAACUUUCCCUUUUGAAAUAAAAACGAAACGCAAUUUUUUUGUUCACGAAGAGAAACUGAUAAACCCACAAAGGAUGAGUCUUUUAAGACGACUUAUAAACACGUUCCUUUUUGGUCGUCGUUUUUUCAAAACUUCCAGAAAUCUCACCUGCAAGGAAAUUUCUCUUAUCCUCUGCAAUCCCAUCAAUAACUGUAAAAGAACCAAGAUAUCCAUUAUCAACCUUUUUGUAAAAUUCCAAAGAAUAAGGCAUCUAAAUGUUUUAGUAAACAAACAAGGUCAUCACAUGAUACGAAAUUUAAAACAAUUUUAAUAAAUAGUUAAAAAUA